AUGGCAGACUUGGAGGAAGUGGAUCUUGGAACAAAAUCCAGGCCAGAUUUGUCCCAGGAGCCUUCUUUUAGCAAUUUCAUUAGAAAUUCGUCGUCAGAGUCUGCCCAAGUCAUCCCCAUCACAAUUAGUCCCCCAGAGAAAGAAACCAUCACACCAACAGAUUGGGCAGGUGGUGAGCUCAAUCCACAGGAUGCUUGGCUCCCCAUCACAGAGUCUAGAAAAGGCAGCACAUAUUCUGCUGUAUAUCAUAUACUUGCUUCAGGCAUUGGACUUCAAGCCCUUCUCCUUGCUGUUGCAUUUUCCACUUUUGGAUGGGUAUAUGGAACCAUAUUCUUGUCACUAGCAUUCUCAUGGCAGCUCUACACCCUAUGGCUCCUCGUACAGCUGCAUGAAUCUGAAUCUGGAACUCGGUAUAGUCGAUACGUGCACCUUGCAGUGACUGCCUUUGGUCCAAAGCUAGGAAAGUUGCUAACUAUAUUCCCUGUGAUGUAUCUAUCAGGGGGUAUGUGUGUGCAGCUAAUUAUCAUAGGAGGUGGAACCAUACAGCUUUUGAUCAGAACAGUGUGCAAGGAUGGGGCAAUCUGCAAUGCCAAGCCAUUGACUGGUACAGAAUGCUAUUUGGUGUUCAUGUGUAUGGCUAUUGUUGUGGCUCAGUGCUUUCCCAACUUGAACUCCAUUGCUAGAGUCUCAUUGAUUGGAACCAUCACAGCCAUUGUAUAUUGUACCAUGAUUUGGGCACUUUCGAUUGGCAAGGGCAGGCCCCGUGACAUAUCGUACAAUCCUCUUCCGCUGGAGUCUACCAUCGCUACAUACGGCGGUAUACUGAAUGCACUUGGUAUAAUUUUUCUUGCAUUCAGAGGUCACAAUGUCAUCCUUGAGAUUCAGGGGACAUUGCCAUCAAGUCCAAAACACCCUUCUCAUAAGAGAAUGUGGAGUGGAGUUUCAAUGUCUUAUGUGCUCAUAGCCAUGUGUUUGUUUCCUCUGGCCAUAGGUGGAUAUUGGGCUUAUGGAAACAAGGAACCCUUUAGUAAUGGAGCUAUACUAAAAGCAAUUUCACAAUUCCAUGGACAUAACACAUCACAAUAUGUGCUAGGACUAAUUUACAUAAUAAUUGUGAUUAACUGCUUAACGACAUACCAAAUAUACGGCAUGGUAGUUUUCGACAACAUGGAGAUACGGUACACCAGUAGAAAGAAAGAGAGAUGCCCGAGAUGGCUACGCAUAGUUAUUCGCCUUUUGUUCGGAGGAUUGACAUUCUUUAUAGCAGUGGCAUUUCCAUUUCUAGGAAGCCUAUCACCUCUAAUUGGAGGGUUCACAUCAGUACCCUUGACAUAUGCUUAUCCAUGUUUCAUGUGGAUUGCAAUUAAGAAACCACGUCUACAUGGUGGAAUGUGGUGUACCAACGUUGCACUCGGAUGCUUUGGCCUGUUUUUGAGCCUUCUUUUUGUUGCUGCAGCAGCUUGGAAUUUAGCUGUCAAUGGCCUAAAUGCCAACUUCUUCAAGCCUUAAUCACUAUUAAUUUCCAAACAAAAUGGAAAAAUAUUUUGAAACCCCAAGACCAAAUUAUGUAUCAAGGAUAAGUUAAUGAUUGUGAUCAAGCAAUUGGGAUAGACUUUCAGAACUUCUUUACAUCAU